AUGGGGAACUGCUUAGUUCGUGAGGAGAGGAGGGCGAUCAAGAACGGAGAGAUCCUAAGUUACCAAACACCUCUGAUGGCUCAACAGGUGCGGGAUGAAUCAGAAGCCGCUGCAGGAGCGAGGGCCAUCAGGAUCAAGCUGGUGGUGACGAAACAGGAGCUGAAGGAGAUGCUGAGACAGGGAGGGGUGUCCCAUGAUGCCAUGGCUUCUCUCAUCCAAAGAGAAGAGAGCAGAAGUGGUGCAGGCGACAAGGAGAGGUGCAUGGAGUGGAGGCCUACUCUAGAAAGCAUACCAGAAUGGAUCGAGUGA